AUGGCUACCAAGAUAUGUGCCCUACUUGUGCUCCUUGCUCUUCCAGUGAGCUCUACAACUACGAUCAUUAUUCCGCAGUGCUCACUUGCUCAAAAUGCUAUUAUUCCACAAUUCCUCCCACCAAUUACUGCUAUGGGGUUUGAAAACUCAGCUGUGCAGGCCUAUAGGCUACAACAGGCGCUUGCCGCGAGCAUCUUACAACAACCAAUUACCCAAUUGCAACAACAAUCCUCAGCCCAUCUAACCAUACAGACCAUCGCAGCGCAACAACAGCAGCAGUUCCUGCCAGCACUCAGUCAACUAGCUGUGGCGAAUCUUGCCGCCUACUUGCAACAGCAGCUGCUUGCAUCGAACCCACUAGUUGUGGCGAACGCUGCUGCAUACCAACAACAACAACAACAACAACAACAACAACAACAACAACAACAACAACAACAACAACAACAGUUGCAACAGUUCCUGCCAGCACUCAGUCAACUAGCUGUGGUGAACCCCGCCUCCUACCUGCAACAAUAA